AUGUCCAUCACCAUCGACAAGAUCCUGGCUGCCGCCCCCGUUACCACGCGGGGCCAGCCCACCCAGCUCUCCUGCGAUGCCAAAGGAGAGCGCAUAGCUUAUGCCUCUGGCAAAUCCAUCUUCCUCCGCUCCAUCGACGACCCCUCCCAAUGCAAGCAGUACAACGGCCACACCGCCCAGACCACCGUGGCUCGCUUCGCGCCCUCUGGCUUCUACGUCGCAUCCGGUGACGUGUCCGGCUCGGUCCGCGUCUGGGAUGCCGUCGAGGCUGUCAACACGAAGGGGGAGUACCACAUCAUCAGCGGGCGCAUCAACGACAUCGGCUGGGACGGCGACUCGCAGCGCAUCAUCGCCGUGGGCGACGGCCGCGAGCGCUUCGGCGCCUGCAUCACGGCCGACAGUGGGAACUCGGUCGGCGAGGUCACCGGCCACAGCAAAGUCGUCAACGCCGUGGCUAUGAGACAGCAGCGGCCGCUACGUGCCGCGACGGUCUCGGACGACGCCAGCAUGUGCUUCCUCCACGGCGCGCCGUUCAAGUUCGCGGGCAAGUCGAACGACCUUCACAAGGGCUUCGUGUACGGCACUGCUUUCAGCCCAGACGGGAAUGUGCUGGUCACAGUGGGCGCGGACCGCAGGAUCCAGCUGUACGACGGCAAGACGGGCGAGCCGACGAAGCAGAUCGGCGAGGGCGUGCACACGGGCAGCAUCUUUGCUGUGAGCUGGGCGAAGGACUCGAAGCGGUUCGUGACCGCCAGUGCGGACCAGUCUGUGAGAGUGUGGGAUGUCGAGUCUGGCGAGAACGUGCAGACGUGGAAGCUGGGCCAGGAGGGUGCUGUGAACGUCGGAGAUCAGCAGGUCGGUGUGGCUUGGCCUCGGGAUGACUUGAUCAUCGCUCUGAGCUUGGACGGUGAUCUGAACUACCUGUCAGAGGGAAGUGCAGCGCCGACCAAGACUGUCCAGGGCCACAACAAGGGCAUUACAGCAAUUGCGACAGGCUCUGAUGGCAGUGGCAAGGAUGUCUACACGGGCAGUUUCGACGGCCGUGUAUGCCAUUGGAAUGUCGAGAGUGGGGUUGGCGCUGUCAUUGACGGGCAAACACACACAAACCAGGUCACACAAAUUGCAGCUACCUCUGGACAAGCCUUCAGUGUCGGCUGGGAUGACUCAUUGAGGACUCUCGACGAGGGUGCCAAUACUUUUACUGGAUCAUCAACAAAGCUGGAGGCACAGCCCAAGGGUGUCGGAGAGCUCAGCACCAACUAUACGCCCACAUCUCUCGCUGCUUCGGGUUCAACAGUAGCAGUUGGAGACGGCAACGACGUCCGGAUCUACGAGCUCGACUCGAGUAACAAGCUCUCUGAGCUCCAGGUCCUGAAGAAGUCUGCGGCCCAGAUCUCGAGCCUGGCGUUCUCCAAGGACGGCAGCCACCUGGCGGCGGGCAACUCCCAAGGCAAGAUCUUCGCAUUCAAGACGGAUGACUGGAGCGUGGCAACGGACCGAUGGUCUGCACACACCGCGCGUGUCAUGAGCAUAGCUUGGAACGAUGCUGGUACCCACGCUGCCAGCGGUGCUUUGGAUACACAUGUCUACGUGUGGAGCCUGGCGAAGCCUGCGAGUCGGGUGAAGGCGUUGAACGCGCACAAGGAUGGAGUAAAUGGCGUCAGCUGGGUCGAGGGCUCGUCCAAGAUCGCUAGCACAGGAGGUGAUGCGGCGGUCAAGAUCUGGAACGUGUCUGGCCUGCAAUGA